UUCUGGGCAUUUCACCUUCGGACGCUGUGUGCUGUGGCGAGGUUGUGGUGGUGGCGGUGGUGGUAGCUAAGUGCAUGCUGCCAAACUUCUUCCCGAGCCUGUACUGUUUACUUCCCCACAUUACAAAGGACGUCUGCCAUGCGCCGUAACUUCGCGGUGUGGGCGGCGGUGGUGGUGGUGAUGGCCUCGAGGUGUGGGGCGACGGGGCGGGAACCGAGACUGACAGCAGAGGAGCGGGAGGCAGCGAUGAGGCGACUAGAGCGAAAAUCCAGAGAUGUCCCGUUGUGCACGCCCCAGAAUGCUGCGGAGGAAAGCAAGCUCAUGCCGCCCUUGCCCAGCUCCUUCAUCACAAACCUUGAGCUGACACACCAGGAGGAGGGGAAGCUGAAGGUGAUGUACGGAGCAGAGGCCUUCGACAGGAUACUCAACAAGGGAGUCCUGCGCUACGAGCUAAGUGAAGGCAUCAUCCUGACUCGGCCACACGACAAGCAAGAGAUCAUUCACUACAACCUGGUGAACAAUGAGUCACUCAUUAUCACCACCGACACUUCCUGCGAGGAUGAGGGACAGGGGAACUGUGAUCCAAAGAAGAACUGUAGAGCUGAGUCUGUGAGGGCAAUGCAGAAGGAGAUGAAGGACAUCUUUGGCCUCGGCCCGGUAAACGGCCAGACUGGGUACUACGGCAUCAAUGGCAUCCUACGGUGGCCACUGUCACUGAGCUACGAGUACCGCGGCAACAUACAGUGCCGGGGCAUGCUGUGUGACCUGUUUGAGAUCUGCAUGCAGAGCGAGGGCAGCAUGGCACUCAUCUCGUACUACUGGUCAUUGCCAAACUGGAAGGUGGACGGUAACAAGGACCAGGUGCCGCUCGCCAUUGAGGUCGUCUCCACGGACAAGCUGGAGCCGUACUUCACUCGCGCUGUCAAGCAGCGAUACGACUUUUAUGAGUUUUACAGCAACAUUCGGCCUGAUAUUGAUAGCUUGGAGCCUCCAGCAGACGUAUACUGCAAGCGGCGCAAGAGCCAGGAGGACCCUCCAAAGAACCCUCGCUUCUUCUCCUACAGCUCAGAGACAGUCAUUCCCAUCACCCUCAGCCUGCCAGUAGGAGACGGCCAGACUGGGGACUUCGAGUUCACAACCGCCUUCACCCAUGAUGGUUACUAUGAUUGGGAAUCCAAGAUUGUGACACUUGACUAUGUGCCUUGGUACAUCUUGGGGCAGGAAUAUCGUUACGAGCUUGAGACGAAGGAAGUCCAGGAGUUUAACCAAGGCCUGACUUACUACAUGUACCGACACCUGGGCACGUGCUUCAUCCAGCCCAUUGAGAACAUCACCUCUGCCGGGGAUGUGGUGGUCAGCAACAACGGCACUGUCUCCCUGCUGCCCCCCUGGAUGUUUGAGGACUUGGAUGGCCCGUGGCAGUACAAUGGCAUACACAUGAUGAGGGGAGUGGAGGCCAAUGUGUGGGUUGGCCAGAAGGAUCUCAUAGGCUUUUUACUCCAUGAGAAUUACGUUGAGUACUACGCCUCGCCCCUGGUGAUUGAUGAGCCUAUCUUCAUGGAGGAUCAACCCAGAGCGGCACAGAAGUUUGUCGCGCCGGAGGUCUGGGUGACGCCGGGUGAUCUGAAGCCGGGGGAUAAAGUUGAGCUGGAUAAAGUCCCCAUGAGGCUGGAGCGAUACCUCAACAUUAUUGCAGGGAAGCCUCACCUCAUCAACAACAUCUUUGACUACCAGACACAGCCGCCCCACACCCAGUCCAUCGACAUCUCCCCCUGCUACCCAGACAAUGCCAAGAUGAGACACUUCCUGCUGGAGCUUCCUCCAGACAGCCUGAAGCAGGUGAAGGGGCUGGAAGACAACCUCCUUCACGCGGCACAGAUGGCCAUGUCCGAGGUGGCCGUCAUCUCACCCCUCAGGAUAAACAGAGAGAUGCUUGAUGUGAGGGACGGCAAGACCUUCAUCCUCUUCACCAUCCUGCCGCUGCCCGCUAUUGUUGGGGACUCGCCAGGGGCAAAGGAGGAGAGUGACCUGGACACAGCUGCCCAACUCAUUAUUUCAGCCGUGGAUAGCUCCAAGCUGAUGAUCGUUGUCCACCUGGAUGGAAUCAUAGCAUCAGUGGAGCCAGUGUAUGUCAUCCUGCCAGCCCAGUCAAUCAAGGAAGUGACCAGGAACAAGGACAACUCAUAUGUCGUCACCACAGACAAGGGCUACAGCUCCGGUGACAUGGCAGGCCUGGCUUUUGGGAUGCUGAUACUGGCAGCUCUGUUGGGUGCGGGAAUAGGUGUGGCCAUCCAGGGCAGGUCGGAGGGUCAGGGGGGCCUGCCAAGGGUCAACCUGGCACGCAAAUCAAACGUCACAGCCACCAACUCCAUCAGCAUCUCCUCUGACAUGACGGUAUCAGAUAUUUAGCGUGUUUUGUGAGGUGGGUGGAGUGUUGGGAGAGAUUGUAGUGUGGUUAAGUGACUGGCUUGUGUCCAGAAACCUUGUAUGGAUCAAGACAAACUAAUGUAGCUCUGAAAGAUUGUUGUAUAAGUAUUCUUGCUGCAUGUUUUAUUUAUGUAAUACUGUAUAAUUAAAGUAUGUAGUGUUGUAGUGCAUGUGUUUCUCUCUCUCUCUCUCUCUCUCUCUCUCUCUCUCUCUCUCUCUCUCUCUCUCUCUCUCUCUCUCUCUCUCUCUCUCUCUCUCUCUCUCUCUCUCUCUCUCUCUCUCUCUCUCUCUCUCUCUCUCUCUCUCUCUCUCUCUCUCUCUCUCUCUCUCCCUAGGCUCUAGACAACAUGAUAGUUUUUUUUAUAAUGCUUGUUCUAGUGCAAAAUGUCUAGUUAAAUUGAGUAAUUUUGUUUUACAUUCAAUGAAAAAAAUUGUAAAGUCAAAAUUAAAAUAAAAGUUCAUCAUUGA